AUGAUCCUAGGCGGGAUAAUCGCAGUAAGCUACGCGUAUGGAACAAAAACAGAAAAGCUCUCUACUGAAGGUGGUGGGCUUGGUUUCGGCAUAGUUGGCGGAACGAGCACCGGCGUUGUCGUGAAGACCAUUCUUCCAGGAAGCCCUGCCGAUAAGGUUGGUGAUUUUUUAAUAUUUCUAAAAUGA